AUGACACCGCGCACGGAGCUGCAGCAGAUGCUGCCGCCGGAGGAACGUCCAGUGUUGGCGGCCGGCAGCGCGGUCGGCGGCGGGGGCGCGGGCGCGGACGAAGGCGCGGCGGGCGGACCGCUGGCGGAGGCGGAGCGCGCCAUCACGCGCCAUUUCGCCAUGGCGCACGGCCUUCUGCAGCUGCAGGAGGCGGCGCUGCUGGAGCGCCUGGCGGCAGCCGGGUCGGCGGCGGAGCAGACCGCGCGCGCCGCGUUGCGCGACCUGAGCGCCGCCGCCGAGCGCACGCGCGCGCUGCUCGUGGAGGCCAGCCGCGUGGCCGGAGCGGGCCAGCUCAAGUGGGGCGACCUGCGCGAGCUCACGCGCCAGCUGCUCGACACUCGCCACGAGCGCUGCCGCGUCGUGCUCACCCCGUCCGACGUUCCACGCUGCAAUUUUACUGUGGACCAUGAGUUUACAUCCUUCCUGGCUCGUCAUUGUCGCUUGGAUUUGGUGGCUGCAUCUGUACCUGAGUUAGAACCAAUGGGUGAUUCACCACCAACUGCCUCUAUUCCAAUUGUUCCAACUUUAAGUGAACUGCAAAGUACACUAGAAGUGGAUGCCGGUGCUGCAGGUGACACUGCAACGCCUGAUGAAAAGAUACUAGAGUCAACAGAACAUCCAACGGCAGGGUGUGCAGAAUCUGUUGCAAAACCUCCGGUGGUUCAUCCCUUUGAUGCUGCUGGUAACGAUACAUUGCCUACCCCUUCUUUAGAAGAUUCUUCCAGUCCUGAAAGUGCCUCUGUGAUGGGAGUGACUGUCCGCUCUGUUGCUGCAGCAGCGACUGCUGCAUUGUCAAAUUACAAAGGGGAACCUCCUGACCUCACGCCAAAGGUACCGGUGAACUCGGCUGCAACUACUUCACCAAUGUCCAACUCUUCUACUAGUUCGCGUCCAGCUAAUGUUCCUCACCGAAGAGCUCCUCGCGGGCGUCCUGGAAAGCAAGGCAGAGGCUCAGCUGUCCAUUCCUCCAACAACUACCGCCAAACCAGUGGCAGUCGCCAUGUGAAUGCACGAGCCGCUGCCACAAGCGGAGCUGCCAUGGACGGGGUUAGGACUCCUGCCUCUCUGCCUGAUGUUUCGGCUGCAGCUCCUGCCCAACCUCUGGAGGCAGAUGGGCCACCUGUCAUAUCUGUGCCAUGCAGUAUAAGCAAAGAAAAUCCUCCGCCGAAACCGUUCGUAGCUGUUGGGAGACCAGAAGUUGUACAUGUAGUUCAUGUGAAAAGUCCAUCAUCUUUUUAUGUACAUCGGGACCAAGAUAGAUCAAUUCUUGAGGACCUCCAAAAAUUUCUUGAUGCUUGUCCUGAACGUGAUUUUUCGCCACCGAAUUUGGUACAAAUUGGU